AUGGGUUUCAGGAUUUUACAUCUGGUACAGCCAUUCAUGGCUAUUCUUCCAGAGAUUGCCACACCUGAUCGCAAGGUGCCUUUCAACCAAAAAGUAAUGUGGACAGCUGUUACUUUAUUCAUUUUCUUGGUCAUGUCUCAAGUACCUCUUUAUGGUAUUAUGUCUUCUGAUUCCGCAGAUCCUCUCUUUUGGAUGAGAGUCAUUCUUGCUUCUAACCGUGGUACUCUUAUGGAAUUGGGUAUCACACCCAUUGUCACCUCAGGUAUGAUUAUGCAACUUCUCUCUGGUGCCAACAUCAUUGAGGUCGAUUACAGUUUGAAGGAAGAUAGAGCUUUAUUCAGUGGUGCACAAAAAUUGUUUGCCAUGAUUAUUGCUUUUGGUCAUGCUACUGUCUCUGUCUUGACUGGUCUCUAUGGUAACCCCAGUGACAUUGGAGCUGGUGUCUGUUUGAUCUUGAUUAUUCAACUUGUCGUUGCUUCUUUAAUCACUUUAUUAUUGGAUGAAUUAUUACAAAAGGGUUAUGGUCUUGGUUCUGGUAUUAACCUUUUCAUUGCCACCAACAUUUGUGAGACCAUCUUCUGGAAGGCUCUUUCACCUACCACCAUGGAUAGUGGUCGUGGUGAUGAGUUUGAAGGUGCUCUUAUUGCUUUAGUUCAUCUCUUGUUGACACGUAAGGAUAAGACGCGUGCUUUAAAGGAAGCCUUUUAUCGUACGAAUAUGCCCAACGUCAUGAGUUUAUUAUCCACUGCUUCCAUCUUUUUAUUGGUCAUCUACUUGCAAGGUUUCCGUGUUGAAUUACCCGUCAAGUCUAACCGUCUUCGUGGUCAACGUGGUUCUUACCCUGUCAAGCUUUUCUAUACUUCCAACAUGCCCAUCAUGCUCCAGUCUACCUUGACCUCCAACAUCUUUAUGAUUUCUCAAAUGCUUUACAAGCGUUUCACUGAUAACUUUUUAGUUCGUCUUUUGGGUACAUGGGAAGCUUUGGACGGUACCUCUCAAUUGAAUGCUGUUGGUGGUAUUGCUUAUUACCUUUCUGCUCCUCGUAGUUUUACUGCUGCUCUUUUGGAUCCCAUUCAUACCGUUGUUUACGUUGGAUUGAUGUUGACUACCUGUGCUCUUCUUUCCAAGACCUGGAUCGAAAUCUCUGGUUCUUCUCCUCGUGAUGUUGCUCGUCAACUCAAGGAGCAACAAUUGGUGAUUGCUGGUUACCGUGAUUCUUCCAUGUAUAAGGAAUUGAAGCGUGUUAUUCCUGUUGCUGCUUCCUUUGGUGGUGCCUGUCUUGGUGCUGUCUCUGUGGUUGCUGACAUGGUGGGUGCUAUUGGUUCUGGUACUGGUAUCUUGUUGUGUGUUACCAUCAUUUUCCAAUACUUUGAAAUGUUUGCUAAGGAACAAAUGGAAGCUGGUGGUGUUGGCUUAGAGGGAACUAAUUUCACUUAA